AUGGUCUUCCUACACGUCCUCCAUGUACAUGCGCUCCGAAGCAUCAUCUUUGCGUACCAAGAUGGGAUCUAUGAGGACCUGCGCCCACGCUUCCUCGAGUUCCACCACAAGGUCCGGUACAGCCUGGCGCACUACGCCGGGCGCGGCCACGACUGCUUCGUCGGCGGCCGGCUCGUGGCGUCGCCUUUCCACAAGACGCUGCUCGGGACCGUCACGGACCGCAAUCUGUGCUUGGACGAAGAGACGAUGUACGAUGCUCGCUUCCCGCUGCACCUCGCCAUUUACGAGGGCCAGCUGCAUGUGGCGACGCGUAUCCUGGCCUGUCGCCCGUCGCUCGUCUCUGCCGACGCCAUCGACUGCGCCUUUGCUUGCGGGAAGCUGCGCAUUGCUCGGUACCUCCUCGAUCAACGCAGUCGCAUGACAAAUCUCUGUCGACAGACUCCGAAGCGCUCGUUCAAGAGCAGGAGCCUGCCCAAGUACGUCGUGUACUUUGGCCGUGUCGAGCUCUUGCAGCUCUUAACGACGUACAUUGACGACCAUGGUUGGGACGAGACGGCCAUGCAAGCAGCGAUCCGACGGCGCCAUAUCGCGUGUGCUGAGUACCUCUGGGACACCUUUCCGACCACUGUCGUCUACGAGGACCUCUAUCACGACGUCGCGAUCGCAGGGCUCUUCUCGCUCGUCGUGCGCUGCGAGAAAGCCCACCUGCCUGUCUCGGCGCAUGUCCUGGCCGGCGCCGCCAGCAGCGGCCACCUUAAUAUCGUCCGGUUUCUGCACGAGCGCUGGCGUCACGGCAAUGCAGCAAGCGCGGUCCGCGCCGCCUACGCAGAGGGGCAUCGACACAUCGUGCGCUACUUGCUGACGCACCGAACCGAGUUUGCAGGUCAGCGCGGCGUCGACGCCGCCGCCAAAUAUGGUCUCUUGGACAUUGUGCAGUCACGUCUCGCUGCGGGCCAUUGUGGCAGUAGCGACGUCGCGUUCCAAGCGCUUUGCCACGGUCAUUUGAGCGUUGUCCGGUAUCUGCUGUACGUCGGGUACAGCCUCGACCUCUCGACCGUCUCGCCGCUCCUCGUGUGGUGCUGGGCCGAGUAUAAAGUCGCCCGCGCGAGCACCGUCGAGAUGUUGGCUUUUCUGCACAGCCGGUCGUUUCGGUUCAGCGCUGUGUGGGUCGAUUUUGCGGCCGCCGAAGGCUGUCUUGAGGCCAUCCGCUUCCUCCUUGAUGUCGUGCACGCACCAUGCUCGCCGCGUGCGAUCGACAGCGCAGUGUUCCACCCGCACGUGCUCUCGUACCUUCUCUCGCACACAUGUGCGCGCUGCACAACCAAAGGGUUUCUCAACGCACUGCACUGGGAGACGCCGCUGAGCGUCUUUGCGACGCUUUUGCAGCACUUUCGCGCCGAGUGCACGCUCGAGGUCUUGAGCUGCGCGCGCCUCGAGAACCGCCUCGACGUGCUCGAGCUCCUCGACCGCGACCGCGUGUUUACAAGCGCGCACUAG